AUGAAUGACAUGAAAGACUUGAAUAUCUAUGACAUGAACGACUCGAGUGUAGUGAAUGUGUCUUUGAACGAGUCUUCAGUCGUCCAAUUGAACCAAACUCUACGACAACGCGAGACUCUGAUCCGGAGGUUGAGUGAGAAACUCGAGACCACUCUCAAGAGUCGCGACCACAUCUCGCAGACCGCCGAAUGCAUGGCGAAACAGAUCCAAGAGCUCAGGGAUCAGCUCAAGUCCAUGUCCACAUCACUGCUGCACAGAGCAGUUGAUGGACAGACAGCCACUCUCGUGGACUUCGAGUGCCAAACCGAAUGGACUGAAGACAACUCCAUGGAAGAGCCGCGAAGACUCAGCCAAUCGAUGAUAUCUGUGGACACGGUUCCCGCCGCUCUCAAGACNGUUGAUGGACAGACAGCCACUCUCGUGGACUUCGAGUGCCAAACCGAAUGGACUGAAGACAACUCCAUGGAAGAGCCGCGAAGACUCAGCCAAUCGAUGAUAUCUGUGGACACGGUUCCCGCCGCUCUCAAGACAUUGAGUUCUGUCAAUGACACCACUUUUAUGUGCGAUAACUCACUGCAAAUGGACAUUGAUUUGCAUCUGAAGUGCAAACAAGACUUAGAGAGACUUGAGUACAAUCUGAUGGUUGAGUUCAAUGAACGCGAGAAACGCAUUGAAUCCACUCUUGAGGAACAAGUGAAUCAAUUGCAGCAACAGAUGGUAAGCGAUCGCCACUCAUAUCUGGACACCAAUAAGAGAUUGGAUGCAGAAAUCGAUCGCUUGAAGUCAUAUAUCACUGAAUUAGAAGACAAACAAAGGUUACGGAAAAGCAGUGAAGAGAAAGGUCUCGCCGAUCACGACAUCGAAAGGUAUAAAUCGGUGCGAAAUGAGUCUUCCUCUCCAUUAUCACCGAAUUCGCCAUUUCUUCAAAACGAUUUGCACUCGACAUCCCGUUCACCGAUCUUUCAAACUCUUCAGAAAUAUGUGGCACAAACGCCUGUCGAGAACUCCAGACUUCUUCAUGUGUUAUCAGAUUUAGUAAAGACUUUCAUUGAUACCGAACACGACAUCCAAAAGCAUUUAAUAGAUAUGGGAAUUGAGAACAAAGUGACAAAUAAAGAGGAAUUACUGCAGAGUUUUGUUUCCCUUAAUGAAGACAUCAAUGAAAGACUUGAGGAAACGAAUGAGUUGUGCGAAGACGGACCAGAUUUGACGCCCCAUUCAAAUGCAAUCUAUUAUACGCCUCCUUCGGGUCAUAAUAAUGAGGUUGAGAUGGAGGAGGACGUAGUUUUAGGCGCCAGUAGACGACUCCGCACUGCUGUCGACCGGAUCCUGAAGUUGUUGAGUGAGAUCGUGUCCACACAACACGAACAUGACUUCAGUUCUGUGGCCAAGAAGAAUGAGGAACUCCUGUCAGAACUGAACGAAGAGUGUGUCCGACGCAACAAAUUGACGGCACAGUUGUUGCAAAUCGAGGAUCGCGUGAAAUCUCUUGAGAAAGAGAAGACAUCCCUUUCUGACAAACUUAUUGAUUACAACGAAAUGAAGAGACAAUUGGAGACAACGAGGGCUAAGAUGAAUGAGUAUGAGUUGGAACGCGACAAAUGGCUUAAUGACAACAAACGU